UAUCUUUGGCAUGUCUACUCUUAAAGGAAAAUACCACUCAAACUAUAUUUUAAUAUUUGUUUCAUUAGUUCACUGAUAGUCCCAAAAUGUUUUGCAUAUCGGCGGCCAAGUUUUCAAGAUGUAGAACUUUCAAAAUACAGUAAGCGUCACAGUGAGGUGCAAACAUUUUGGGACUGUAUCAUCAGUGGACUAAUGAAACAAAUACUCCUGUUUUUUUUGUUGUGUUUUCCUUUUAAGUAACGAUGUGAGGUAAAAGUUGCAGAUUCUCUACUUGCGUAUCUAUUCUUUAGCGUUUUUAAAUUUUAUUUUAUUCAUGAGUUGGCAACAUUUUCUUUGUUGCAGAUAUGAUACUACAUGGCAAGAACAAUGUUUGAAGCAGGGACUUCAAUUGGAAGUAAAACCCAUCGCAAUUAUUGGGGACUGAUCUACAAGUAUAGAUAUUUAUCCCGGAAAGCCAUGCUCCUCCAUACUGUAGAGAACACAAGAACAUGGAAGAAGCAUCAAAAGAAUAAUAAAAUCAGCAAUCCGGGGAAAGGGACAGAGGAAAACAUUGAAAUGCUGGACAAAUUACCUGAGAGGCACACCUGUCUAGAAGUUGGUAGCACCCUAAAACCCACAGACUCAUGGACUAAUUUGGUUAAAUGUGGAGUACCCAUUAUUGUACAGGGUUCGCUGAUAGCUGCUUCUGGGGACAACGGGGUAGCCAAGCGGCAGACUUCAGUAGGCAAAACGCUGGUUGCGGCUGCUUUGAGUGAACGAUGGGAGGUGGYCAGUGGGUUCUUGUCUGAUGCCAGCCCACCAGCUAGUGGACACCGUUCUUCCUGCCACAGCACGUGCCCGACCAAUGUUGUGGCUAUAGACUGUGAGAUGGUUGGCACUGGGCUAGGUGGGCGCACUAGUGAACUGGCACGCUGUAGUUUGGUGGAUUACCAUGGCAACGUCCUGUACGAUAAGUACAUCCGUCCGUGCCAGCCUGUGACCGACUACAGGACCCGUUGGAGUGGCAUCCAGASGCACCAUUUACAGAACGCUCUGCCCUURCCAGAGGCUAGGASCGAGAUACUACGAAUACUGGAGGGGAAAGUAGUGAUCGGCCACGCUCUGUAUAACGACUUCCAGGCCUUAGACUUGACACACCCAGGUCACAUGAUCAGGGACACCAGUGGCACGCGUCUGCUCAGACAACUYGCUGGCUUCCCCACAAAMCGCUGCGUCUCACUCAAGAUCCUGACAAACGGCCUCCUAAACAGGAAAAUACAGGUUGGAAGAAAGGGCCACAGUUCAGUGGAGGAUGCUCUGGCUUCUUUGGACCUGUAUAAACUAGUGGAGAGGGAGUGGGAACAGGACAUGCGAGAGAGAAUGAGGGACUGGGACGUAGGCACUCUCCCAGACCCCGCUACCUCAAACCACUACAUGCAGGACCAAUACUGGCCAGAGGACUUGACUGAGGACAGUCGGUGAGAAAGCUGUAGGACAGUCGGUGAGAAAGCUGUAGGACAGUCUGUGAGAAGGCUGUAGGACAGUCGGUGAGAAAGCUGUAGGACAGUCUGUGAGAAGGCUGUAGGACAGUCUGUGAGAAGGCUGUA